GGCCAAGUACUUUUUUGAUUCUCUUUUCCUUUCUAUUUUUUAUAAAUUGGAAUCAUAAAAUUGAAAUCGAUCGACUAAUUUGUAACAUAACAUCCAUCUCAUAUCUCAAAAUCCUCAAACCUCACUCAUUCUAUACACAGCAAACAUGGCAGGCAUAAUCCGCAUAACCAUGUUCAAAGUACCCUCCCAAGCAUCCCGGGACACCAUGCUCAAGAACUACGAGACCUUAUCUAAAAAGGCCGUUAAGGAAUCAGCCCCCUACAUCGUCUCCCUACAAGCUGGCGAAACUCAAGCCAACGAUCCCCGCACCCAAGGCUUCUCCGUGGUCGCAAAGACUGAGUUUAAGAAUCUGGAGGAUAUGAAAUAUUACGAGGAUUCCUGUGAAGCACAUAGAUGGUUCAAAAGCGAGGCAAAGACUUUGGGGGUUGAGGGGAUGUGCUGUGUGUACUAUGAGCCAAGUGUUGUUGCUUAAGUGGUGCUCUUGGAGGGGGAACGGAAGUGAAGAAUCGUGAUUAUACAGGGUUCUGUGAGAUAAAAACAGGCACAAAAAGUGAAGGUUAUGAUCCACGGCCGUCCCAAUAGAAGAAAGAUCGAUUUAGAUAGUUCAUUGCACAAUCAUGAUCCACAUAAAGUCAGCAAGUUCAUGACAGGCUCUAUAGUUUGAAUGGUGGAAAUUGACGCAAUUAGUAAUGGGUACUGUGGGCUUAGUGGUCACAAUCAUUUUGGCAGCAGGCCAAAUGGUCUCCACUGGUGCUUACGAUGCAAGGUGUUUCAAAAUGCCUUU